UGUAUAAAACAUUAUUAGUAUAUAUGGUUAAUCAAAAUGUAUUAUUUGUGUUUGGUUUUUCUAUGAAUCGUUUAGUGAAUGAAUUUUAAGGCUAAUUUUAUCAUUUGUUGAUAUUUAUUGUCGAGAAUGUUGACAUAUAAAAACAUCAAAUAGAAAAGUGUCAAUUUACAAUCUUAUACAAAAGUGAUCAUGUUCGUUUUAAAUCCAACAAGACUUAUUUUAAGAAAACCUACAAUAUUGUUGAAUUAUUUAUGGAAGAAGCAUUUUAUAACAACCCGCAUAAUAUACAAUUUCAGACCUUCAAUAAGCCUGUAUAACACUUCUAUUUAUAAUUUUCCAAUAUUUCGUCAGUAUUCUGACUAUCCUAGCCACAGUCGCGUCAAUCUCCCAGCUUUGUCACCAACUAUGGAGAAAGGUAACAUAGUUUCUUGGUCAAAAAAGGAAGGCGACAAAUUAAGUCCGGGUGACCUUUUGGCCGAAAUUGAAACCGACAAAGCGACAAUGGGAUUUGAAACUCCAGAAGACGGCUACUUGGCAAAAAUUGUCUACCCGGCAGGUACAAAGGACAUACCAGUGGGUAAAGUAAUAUGUAUUAUAGUCAGUAAAAAGGAAGAUGUUGCGAAGUUCAAAGACUUUAAGGACGAAGCUGCAGUAGCACCUGUUGCAGCGCCUGCUCCAGCUGCUCCAGCUGUUACCCUUCCGAGUCCUGCAGCCCUAACCAUUGAGAAGACACCCGCUGCGUCUGGUGAACAAGUGUACGCCAGUCCUUUAGCCAGAAAGCAAGCUGACACGAAGAACCUGGUUUUACAGGGAUCUGGAACUGGGUUAUUCGGCUCGAUUACUAGCGAAGACUUGGAAAAAAUGGGAGCAGGAGGUGGGGGAGGAGGGCGAGUGUACGCUAGUCCUUUAGCUAGGAAACAAGCUGAAGCGAAGAAUCUGGUAUUACACGGGUCUGGAACUGGGUUGUUCGGUUCGAUUACAACCGAAGAUUUGGACAAAAUGGGUUCAGCACCGGCGUUUCCAUCUAGAAUUGCUAUGGCUGCUACGCCAGUUAAUUCACAAUACAAAGACAUACCUGUUACUAGUAUGAGAGCAACGAUUGCUAAGAGACUCUUACAGAGCAAAACUGAAAUACCACACUAUUACUUAUCAACUGAAUGUAACAUGGAUAAUCUGGUUAAGAUAAGAGGAAAAUUUAACAAGAAAUUGGAGAAACAAAAAAUUAGGUUAAGCUUUAAUGAUUUUGUAAUUAAAGCCACUGCUAUGGCUUCUAAAAAAGUCCCUGAGGCAAACUCACAAUGGGCUGGAUCAUCUAUUCGCAUGUUCCAAGAUGUUGACGUUAGUGUUGCUGUUUCCACAGACGGAGGGUUGAUUACACCAAUUGUAUUCAGAGCUAAUGACAAAGGGGUGAUGGAAAUAAACCAAAACGUCAAAGAACUGGCUGCGAGAGCAAGAUCCGGAAAAUUACAACCUCACGAAUUCCUUGGUGGUACGAUUAGUGUCUCCAACUUAGGAAUGUAUGGUGUGAAAAGUUUUUGUGCAGUGAUAAAUCCACCUCAAAGCUGCAUAUUGGCAGUAGGUUCAACAGAAAAGCGAGUAGUUAUAGAUACAAAAGAUUCCAGAGGGUAUAAGGAAUCACAAUUUAUGAUAGUCACUUUGAGUUGCGACCACAGAGUUGUUGAUGGAGCUGUUGGCGCUGAGUGGUUGCAAGCUUUUAAGCAGAACAUUGAAGAUCCCAUUUCAAUGAUAAUUUAAAUUCACUAUUUACAGCUUGUUUCAU